UUUUGUUAUCCCUAUCCCUAACACAGACCGUUUAUCUUUCGCUAGGUACACAUUGAGAAGAUCCAAAAGUCCAAUAAUACUUACUAUUAAUAAUCAAUAUCUUCUUUCUGUUAGCUUAGAUCUUCUCCUCUACAAAAUCCAACGGUGUUGCAUGCAAUUCAAACACCUUUAUCCAUUAUUAUGCCUUCAAAAUCCACCACCACCACAAGUAGUUCAUCAUCAGAGCGAAGAUGGAUCUACGAUGUGUUCUUGAGUUUCAGAGGAACCGACACUCGCACUAUCUUCAUUUCUCAUCUCUACAACUCCCUCACAAACGCAGGAAUCUACGUUUUCAAGGACAACGAGGAGCUUCGCAAAGGAGGCCAGGUUUCAUCGUUACUCAUGCAAGCAAUCCAAGUUUCUAGAAUCUCCAUCGUUGUUUUCUCAAAGAACUACGCGAACUCCAAGAGUUGUCUGAAAGAGCUGCAGAGAAUUAUGGAUUGUCGAAGAAGCAUAGGCCAAGUUGUUUUUCCUGUUUUCUACAACGUAGAACCCUCUCAUGUGCGUCAUCAGAGAGGUGCCUUUGGAAGAAGCUUUCAGGAUCUUAAGAAAACAAUUUCAAAGAACAAAGCUCAACUUUGGGGUACUGCGCUUCGUGAUGCUGCUAGUUUGACCGGAUUUCAUCUCAAUAAUUCCAGGAAUGAAAGUGAAGAUAUCAAUAAAAUCAUUGAAACUAUCACUGAUUCGCUGGACAAUACAGUCUUGUUUGUUGCACAACAUCCAGUUGGAGUACAACCUCGUGCUCAACAUGUGAUUAAACUAUUGAACUACCAAGAAUCAAAAGAUGUCAUGCUAUUGGGGAUCUUGGGAAUCGGAGGGAUUGGGAAAACAACCAUUGCCAAAGCCAUUUACAAUCAGAUUCACCCCCAUUUUGAGUCUUAUUGCUUUCUUUCAAACAUCAGAGAAUUCUGGGAGCAGAGUACUACCAGUCAAGUGUAUUUACAAGAAAGGCUUCUUUCUGAUAUUUAUAAAACAACAAAGAUCAAAAUACAUAACAUUGAAUCAGGCAUAUUCAUUUUGCAACAAAGGCUUCGUCAUAAACAAGCACUCCUCAUACUCGAUGAUGUUGAUAAGAUAGAGCAACUAAAAGCCUUGUGUGGAAGCCGCGAAUGGUUCGGUCCUGGAAGUAGAAUAAUCAUCACAACAAGAGAUGAACAUUUACUCAAACUGCUCCAGGUUGAUCACAUAUCUAGAAUGCCGGAAAUGGAUCAAGACGAAUCUAUUCAACAUUUCAGUUGGCAUGCAUUCAAACAACCAUGUCCUAGAGAAGAUUUCGAUCAACUUUCUAGAAAUGUGGUUGCAUAUUGUGGAGGACUACCUUUAGCUCUUGAGGUUAUUGGGUCAUUUUUGUUUGAUAAGAAAGUAAGAGAAUGGGAAAGUGUGGUGGAUAAGCUGAAAAGAAUUCCCAAUGAUCAAGUACAGAGAAAGUUGAGAAUAAGCUUUGAUAGUUUGAAUGAUGAUACAGAGAAAGAAAUAUUUCUUGACAUUGCGUUUUUCUUUAUUGGGAUGGACCGAAAUGAUGUAGUACAUAUUUUAGAUGAAUAUGAUGCUGCGAUUGGAAUCAGUGUUCUUGUAGAUCGAAGCCUUGUCACCAUUGACAAUAAUAACAAGCUUGGAAUGCAUGAUUUGCUACGAGAUAUGGGGAGAGAAAUUGUUCGCGAGAAAUCACCAAAGGAGCCAGAGGAACGUAGCAGAUUAUGGUUGCAAAAAGAUGUGUACCAUGUAUUGUCAAAUCAUAUGGGGACAAAAGCUAUCGAGGGAUUGACUUUAAAGUUGACCAAUUCGGUUAGUUUGGAGGCAAAAAUGUUUAAGAUGAUGAAGAGACUUAGAUUACUUCAACUUGCUGGUGUGCAACUAGAUGGAAAUUUUGAGGAUCUUCCGAAACAUCUAAGAUGGCUUCAUUGGCAUGAAUGCUAUUUGAAGUACAUACCUUCCAACUUUGAUCAAGCAAGUUUAGUUGCCAUUGAAUUAGAAUUCAGCAAUCUCAAGUUUGUGUGGAAAGAGGCCAAGUUCAUGGAGAAGUUGAAAGUUCUAAAUCUUAAUCACUCUUAUAACUUGACACAAACACCUGACUUUUCAUACUUGCCAAAUCUUGAAAAGCUGCUACUCAAAGAUUGUUCAAGCUUAUCUACAAUUUCAGACACAAUAGGACAUCUGAAAAAGAUUCUUGUAAUAAAUUUAGAAGACUGCACAAGCCUUGGCAACCUGCCAAGAAGCUUUUACAAGUUGAAAUCUCUGACCACUCUCAUCAUUUCCGGAUGCUCAAUGAUUGACAAAUUGGAAGAGGACUUAGAACAAAUGGAGUCAUUAAUAACUUUGAUUGCAGACAAGACUGCAAUAACACAAGUGCCAUUUUCAAUAGUAAGAUCAAAAAGCAUUGGAUAUGUUUCUUUGUGUGGUUAUGAAGGAUUCUCACGUGAUGUGUUUCCUUCUCUCAUUUGGUCAUGGAUGUCACCAACAAGUAAAUAUAACCUCUCAUCCAUGGUUCAAGCAUCUUCUUCAGCACUUAUUCCAUUAGAUUUACCAAAGCUUAGGAGUCUCUGGGUGAAGUGUGAAUCUGAUCUUCAAUUAAAUGGAGGUGUAGCAAGAAUUUUGGCUACCUUGUUUGCCACAUACAACAAGGAACUAGAAGCAACACCAACUACGUCACUAGUCAUGGAGAAUAUCAAAGGUUCAGAAAUAUUUGAUUUGAGCAAUCAAUCUCACAAUUCUGAAUCACUCAAGUGCCUUAUAAUUGAAGUUGGAAUGAAGAGUCAUGCCACCAACGCCCUUAAGGACAAAAUUUUACAGGGUUUGAUGACAACAACCAAUGAGUUUAGUGACAAGUAUUGGUUAACAUUCGGUUCCAAAGGUUCUUCUGUGGUAUUCGAAGUCCCUCAAAUGAAUGGGUGCAACUUGAAGGCAGUGACAUUGCGUAUUCUUUAUUCUUCUUCCUCAGAAACCAUCUUAUCAGAAUGUCUUAAAAACGUGUUAAUCAUAAAUUACACAAAGUCCACCAUUCAAGUCUAUAAACAAGACACACUAGCCUCUCUUGAAGAUGAGGAGGGAAAAACCAUAACUUCACAUAUAGAACCCGGUAAUAAAGUGGAGAUUCUUCUUGUUGGUUACAAAUUCAUUGUGAAGAGAACAACAGUUUAUCUGAUAUAUGAUGAACCGGUUGACCACUAUGCGGAGCACUAUCAUGCGGAUGUUAUUGUUUCAAGUGAUAAUUACAUUAUUUCUAGUGAUAAUAAUGAUAUGGAAAGUGAUGAAUGUUCUAGUGUUUCUGGUGGUGGUCAUGAUAGGUCAAAGAAGAAAUAUUCAUGUUUCUAUUGGUGUUGGAGAUAAUAUGUUAGUACAUCAACAUAACUAUCUUAGUGAGAUGACCUAACAAACCCUUGCUUAAGAUUCUUAAUCUUUUAAUUUAUCUCGCAAUUCCUUGCAUUGUGAGUUUCUAUUUUGAUUCUAA